UCUGUUCUGUGAAUAUAAUUUUGUAAAAAUAAUGUGGGGCGCACAUCGAAAGUCGGUCAUCUUAAAUGGUUGUAUUACUUCGCCAAUUAACCAGAAGUGGAAUCAAUGCGCAGGGCCUCAAAAUGUAAAGCCUAACAAACCACAUUUUGUGACUUUGAAGACGCACAGCUUUGUUGAUUGGAGCUGUUUGAAGCCAGUCUACAGACCUUUGAAGUGCAUUACAGUUGAAGUUGUCACCACACCCUUGGAUACUAAAUGUGAGGAAGGAGUAAGGAGAGACAAUGAAAAGGGGCACAAAGAGUCAGCAACCUCAGUGCCAUGUCAGAAUGAGAAAGAGGACAUGGAUGAAGGGUUUACAGGGGCUCUGCUGCCUGAGAGAGGUGCUCCUUCAUGGAUGUGGGAGGGCUUCUCCGUAGACGACUAUAACCCAAAACCCCAACCCCAAGGUCCCCAACCAAAGGUCAUCACACCCAAACUGAAGGAAGAUAAGAGAUGCCUACCCAAAGUGACUGUGCCGCAGCCUUUCAAGAUGACCCUGCGUGAGGAGACAGAGGGGAAGAAGCAGAGGCAGCUUAGGAAGGCCUGGGAGGAGACUGCCAGCAAGCCAACAGCCACACUGCCUCGAUUCAAAGCUAACCCUGUUCCCAAGACCAACCAGUUGCCCUUGUACGACAAGAUCGUAGAGGAGUGUGAGAGGCAGAGAAAGGUUCUCUAUGAGAAACGGAGAGAUCUCAUGCUGGCCAUGCGACAGCCCUUUAACUUGGGGUCAAAGGUUGCACAUGGUUCUGCCAAGAGGACGGCUGUAGCUGAGGGUGAUGAAGAGGGAACAGCAGCCAAGGAGGGAGACAAGGGACCAAAGGCUGAGAGUUCAGUUCCUGUCCCCUCCUAUAAGGACAUACUGGAAAGAUGUGCCCAGCUGGCUACUCGUCGCCCUCCUCCAAUGAAAGUGGAGAAGAAGCUCACUUUCCAACCCAUCAUCAACCGGACUAUACCCGACUUUGGGAGGUUGCACCACAGGUUUGAGGACCAUCUCAGGAGCGUCAGACAGGGAAUGCAUUCCACUGUGCCACAGCCUUUUACUUUCCAGGUGAACGCUGGAGGUGAUCAGACUGUCAGUACGUCUAAGGAAACUCAGAAGAAUGUCAAGAAGGCCCCAUGCCCAGUGGUAAAGUGGGACCUAGCUAGAAUUAAGGCCAGCUCACAAAGACUUACCAAGUCUGCACUGCUACGAGAGGAGGCUGUGAAGAAGAGACUGGUAACGAGAGAGAAGAGACUGAGAGCAGAGCAGCAGAAGUCAGAAGCCAGGUGUAGUCUUCAGAAAGAGGUGGCCAAAUGGCUCAAUGCCCAGAAACAGCACAGUACUGCCAGGGCACAGCGGCAACAGCAGAACUACAGGAAGGAGAUGAGGGUGCGUAGUGCUGAGUAUCAAUCUGAGCUGGCAGACAUGAUGGAGAGAGUCAACGGCAGACCACUGCUGCUCCAACGACACUGGCAGGCCCGGAGAGAGGCAGACAAGCGUUUCUCCCUGAUCCUGGAGCGGGCUGGGCUGGACGAGGCUCUGCUGUGGAGCAAGGCUAUGCUCCAGGAACAGGGCCAGCGUUUACAGCUAGUGGCCACAGAGUAA